AACCUUUUGAACUAUAUCUCUCUAUUAUCAAGGACACUACCUACUGUCCAGACGCAUACAUCAAAUAACAAACAGUUUGUUAUUUCUGCUUAACGAUGUUUGAGAUAUGAAAGACAGGACGGCAGAUGUUAUAUGCGCUUGAAAUAAAUAAGACGUUUCAAAUGAAUUUUGAGUGAGAGUUGAAGAUCAUUGUUUUCUGUUGAAUCAGUCUUUCAAACCCCGCUCUAUGAAGAAUCUGAUUUUUCUGACCAUAACAUACCAACUUUUGGUUGCUAUUUGGCCAAUAACAACGUUCACAUAUAAUAAUAUCGACAACAGCAUCAAUAAUAACUGCGGGAAAAACUUUCAAUUCAAGCCAAACAGAAUCAUCUUAACCCAAAAGUCCAUUUCAGCGGGUGCUAAAUUUCUCAAAAAGUUAAAAGUAUCAUCGUUUAAGGAAUGUUACUUUAUGUGUUGCAAUACAAAUGAAUGUAGCACGGCAAUAUUUGAAUCUAAGGCUACACAGUCCUGUUUUAUGUUUGAUUGUCGACAGCCUGGACAAUGCUUUUAUUCUAGUCAUUCCAAUUAUGAUACAAUCGUCUUGGAAGAAUCAAACGGUAAUCAGAGUUUGAAAAACAAAGUUGGUUUAAAUCAACAUUGCGAUUCAAAUAACCUGUGUGAUGAAGUUAAAACUAUAUGCUCUGAUGGGAUAUGUAUUUGUCAGUCUGGUUGGAUUGCUAAGAAAGGUUCAUGUGUUCAGUCAGUUUGUAAAUCACCAGAACUUCAAUUCCAGUGUGAUGAUUCUUCUACUUGUGUAGCUAUCUAUGAUAAAUGUAACGGAAUAGUUGAAUGCCCGGAUGGAUCAGAUGAGUUGUUUUGCCCUUCAAGAGUAAUUCACAAGCAAAAUGAAACUAAUCCGUCAUUACCGCGUAAUCAAAAACAAGGUGAAUUUGACGAGGGAAUUUUGUCUAAACCUUCAAAUGUAAGUUAUCAGUCCUUGGAAAGAUAUCAAUCCAGUCAACCAUCUUUAUUAACUACAUCUCGAAGUACUUCUCCAGCGUUGAUGGAUUUACACGAUCUAUCUGAUCCAUUAUUUUAUUCUAGUCAACCAAAUUAUCAUAAUGGUAGGGAACAACUGACAAAAUCACAUCCAAUUAAAUCUGCUAACCAAAAACCAUCAUUCAAUGUUGAUGAUAAAGAAUCGUUCAUGCUUGAUAUAAAUAAUAAAAUUAAUGAAAAUAGUGAUAACAAUCCUGAGAUGUUUUUUACUUCAAGUGAUGAUGAUGGAUGGCAUUAUCCUAAGGGACUACUUCAUGAUGUUUCAUCACAGGGUGGUGGUGAUGUCCUUUCACAAUCAUUGCCUAGAAAGCAUCUAUAUCGACCAGAUCAUCAUCAUUCGGUACUAUCACGAAUGAAAGCAUACGAAACAGCAGGACUAUACAGGCCCAGAUCAUUCAAUACUUUUAAAGUUGAUUAUCCUCAGUCAUCACAGAGAAAUGAUUUAUCGUUCAUUCCUUAUCAUCAUUCCAAUAAUUUUAUGCGUGGAUCACAUCAAGAUGAACCACCAUUUUUUCAAUAUAAUCUGGAUAAUAAACACCAAUCUGAGAUGAUAAUUGAUCCAACUGUACUGGAAAAUAUGGACUUUAUCAAUAAGUUUAGUGAAACAGGCGAUACUUUAAAAAAGUAUCCGUUGGUUCAUGAGCCUAAACACAUUCAUCAUAGGAAUGAAUUUGAAGACAUUAAUCAAAAGGCAUCUAGUAUAGAUAAAAAUGAAAAUCGACCGGCGACUCUCACUAGUACUAGUAGUCCCAUUACAACAACUGAUUCAUCACAAAGUAUAAUAGCUGCUGUUAAGCAAAGUCAAUCUGAAGGUCAUACUUCUGCUUUGUUAUUAGCAUUUAGUCUUGGUUUAAUUUGUUGUUUCAUUGGUCUACUUAUUGCUGAAUGGAGACGUCGGCAAAAAUUGAAUUUAUGGUCAUCGCAUCGUUCAAGACCAGAGCAAGCAAUUGUUUUUGGUGAUCGAACAAAAAUAUCCAUGCCAAGAUUAAAAUCAUCUCGUCGAUUAAAGAAAAAUACGACUUAUGACCAAGUGAAUAAAACUAUAACAGGUACAAUAGAUGAAGAAAAAGCUUUAUUCAAUGAUUUAGUCCUUUAACUCAUCAUUGAUCUUAAGAAAUAUAUUAUGAUACAUUGCAUCUAUAUUUAAUUUGUUUUUUUAAGUUUUCAUCAUUGUCUAGUAUUUUAUUGAACUCUUUACUCAUUUAAAUAAGCAUUUAAGAAGUAAUACGACCAAUCAGUUUUAUUUGUGAAUUUCCUCAUAUAUAUAUAAACUGUUUAUUUCACUAAAGUCUAUGUCUUGCAUUUAUUUUGAUUUGAUAUUACUUUUUAAUUCAUGUUCCGUGUAAUAUGCAUUCCUACCAGACAAUUUCGAUGUUGUGAUAAUCACCAAUGUUCUUUUGAUAUAAUAUUUUUACGUUUAUUUGCAUUGAUUAAUCUCUUUAUUAUCUAAAUUUUAUUACUAUUAAUAUCAAUAGUAAUUAACUUGUCAAUUCGUUCAGUGUUUAGGUAUUAUGAAAUUCAGCGUGAAUUUCUUUUAAUCGGUUUUGAUUACGGUAAAAUAUAUCCUAAGAAUUCUUUGUCUCGGUAUUAUUCAUCUUGUUGUUGUAAUUCAGUAAGACACAU